AGCUCCCAUACGAAAGAAACUUGAGACUCUCUGGACUCUGGGAUCAAAAAUACAAUUCCCCCAAGAAAUGGCUAUCCUCGAUAAUACCACUUUCGAAAUCAUAACCCCAUCUCGCUUCACCACCUUCAGCCUCCGCGUCGCCGUUCUCGACUCGCCGCCGACCCACCCCGAGUCGCCGGAAUGCUCGUCCCCAAACACCGCCAGUCCGACUGGAUAUUCUCCACCCACUCCGGCCAUCUCCAGCUCCUCCUCAGGGGUGAGCUUGAAACCUCUCUUUCUUGCUUUAUCUCCCAAGUCCAAGUCCUGCUUUAAACACGGCAUUCCUGAGAUACCCAUUUUGAGUUACCAAGAUAAUUUGAUUUCUAGUUUGGUUUUGGAAAAAUGCGUUGGGUGUUUGGUUGGUGAAAUGGUGGUGGAGGAUGUGGAGAUUGACUCUGGUGGUGAGGUUUCAACGAGGGAGUUCAGGAGGCGUUUGAGAUUUAGAAGAAUGCCCAAUUUGAUCCAGACGGAGGUGCUAAGGGUUUUCAGGUUGUGGGUGUGGAAGCCGAUGAGGAGGUGCUAAGGGUUUCUAGGCGGUAUUUUGGGCUGGACGAUGGAGAGCAUAUCAAAGUUUGUGUUGGAGAUGCAUU